GAGCUCCUCGACCGCAUCCACUCAGGCAUCCAGUACACGCACGAGCAGCGCCGCGCGCGCAACCCUGUCGCGCAAACCACGCGCUUCCAAAUCAGCACCACGGAGGCUUCUUCGCGCACCGCGCUCUCGCUGCUCCGGCGCCACGCCACGCUCAUCGCUGCAGCGCCUGGCUUCGAGCUGUUUGAGCUGGGGAUCCCGCGGCCGGACUGGGUCCGCGAAGGCGACUUUCUCGGGCUCCAUGAUCCGCAGUGGUGGGUUGGCAGGACGGCGGCGGAAAUCAAGGCUGGGCCGCUGGCUGACGAGCAGGAUGUCAGGAGGGCG